AUGUCAUAUGUGUGCCAGAUGAAGGAAGCCUUUGAUCCGCCCGCCUCGGUGGCGGCAGCAACGCCAGAAGCAGAAAACACUGCAUCCCUCUUCACCAAGAAAAACAUCUGGAGCGGCGCGGCUGCUGAGGGAGACGACGAUUCCUCGCCUUGGCCAUGGGACGGCGUGAAAAGUGAAGAGGAUGCUGAUUUUCUUUCUCAUGCAAACAGGGCUUUGUCAUUUCUGGAUUAUGAAGCAGAGUCUUCGGAGUGCAAGUAUGCUACUGACAUUGGGUCACAUGUAUAUCCCAAGGAAGCAAUGUCACCACGAAGUGAAUAUGAUAGGCAGCGGCCUUACCUUCCUUUAUCGAGCUGUUCUUGGGAUUCUUCUUCAUCACUGGAAGCGAUGUCAGGCAAUCGAGAUGCAUCAGGUCAUGUAAUGGCAAAAGGUGGAACCAAAAGUGAUAUCUUUGCGCCAAGGCAUGAUUAUCUUACGUCAUGUCCUACUACUGGUCCUCACAUGAGAAGAUCGUAUACUGAAGCAGCUAAAGUUGAUUGUAGCUUCGAUUGUCACCCAGAGCAUCACUACAAAGGAUUGGAUCGAUUUACUCCCUUCGCAAACUGCAAUGGUCAAUCUAUUGAAUGCCGCAGUGAGAUAGUUGAUAUGCCCAGAGGGGGCCGCUGUGUUGAUGAGGCUACUUCGUUUUCAAGUCGAUGGUGCUUCAAAAAUGGGGGCCGGGGCUCUUCACUACCUGGAGGGCUGACAUAUGGCGAUGAGAUCCCUUCUCUGUCUAGUCGGAGGUGUAAUGGCAAUGGGGUGCUUUCACGCUCAAGCCAAUGGCAUUAUGGUGCUGAAAUUUCCUCGCUCUCAAGUAGGCAAGGUUAUGGCGAUGAAAUCCCUUCUCUGUCUAAUCAGAAGUUUAAUGGCAUUUCACGCUCAAAUCAUUGGAACUACAGUGCUGAAAUCCCCUCUCUCUCAUGUAGACAGAGUUAUCGUGAUGAGAUCCCUUCUCUGUCUUCUCAAAAGUCUAAUGGCAUUUCAUACCCAAGACAAUGGCAGCAGUAUGGUGCUGACAUCCCCUCGUUCUCAAGUAGACAAGGUUAUGGUGAGGAGGUUCCAACAAUGUCUCACCAUUGGCGCUACCGAGAUAAGAUACCUUUGUAUUCUGGUCAGAGGUGCCAUGAUGCCGAGGCACGUCGAUUAUCAAGCUACCAGCAAGGUCCUUUUCGUGGGAACAGGCAGCCAAGAGACAGUUUUGCCCAUGGUAUUGUCAGUAAUCAGCAAGCCAAGAUGACUGCAACCAGACAUACUGGCACAAGACCACGGGUGUCUAACAGAGUUGUAAACAGCACUAGCAACUACAGAAAUGGCAGGAGGGAUAACCCACCGAGAAAUUCUGAGGAAAUAAGGGACCAAGUUUGUGGUCCCCGUGCAAGUAAAGUGAAUAACACAUCAACACCGACUGUGAAGAAAGAUAUCUUGAGCCCAUUGGUCCGUAGAGACCAAUUUAACAAAUCGGACUUCUCAAUCCAGUAUGAGCAUGCCAAGUUCUUCAUGAUAAAGUCAUAUAGUGAAGAUGAUAUUCAUAAAGGUAUCAAAUACAAUGUUUGGGCAAGUACACCGAAUGGGAACAGUAAGCUGGAUACUGCUUUCCAUGAUGCCCAGAUUUUAAUGAAGGAAAAGGGUACAAAAUGUCCCGUCUUCCUCUUGUUUUCGGUUAAUACCAGCGGGCAGUUUGUAGGAUUGGCUGAGAUGUUAGGUCCUGUCGAUUUCAAGAAGACCAUGGACUUCUGGCAACAAAAUAAAUGGAAUGGCUUUUUCCCUGUUGUUUGGCACAUUAUAAAGGACAUUCCGAAUAGGCUCUUCAAACAUAUCACCCUAGAAAAUAAUGACAACAGACCUGUUACAUUCAGCAGGGACACUCAAGAGAUUGGCCUGCCCCAGGGUCUGGAAGUGUUGAAAAUUUUCAAGGCUUAUCGCCAUGGAACAUCAAUUCUGGACGACUUUGACUUUUAUGAAGAAAAGGAAAACACUCGCUGUGCACGGAAGGGAAUAAAUGCAGACUCGUUACAUGAAGCCAGACUAUCUUACUUUGGAACAGAUGACUUGAAAUCAAUGGGAGACAUCGAGGUGAACAUGGAGAGCCUGAACCUCCACGAGCCGUGGGACUAA